AAAAAGCCAAUAAAAUAUUGGGCCCUCCAGCCCGAACCACCCUGAACGGCUUCAGUUUUGAGCCCCUUCUCUAUAUAAACAUUGUGCUCUGUCAUUUGUUGCUUCUAACAAGAAAACCAAAAAGACCCCUCCAACGAGCGCGACGAAGGCGGGCAACCCAACUCCUCCCCUUCUCUCUAAUCGCAUAGGCACAGCCGGCAACCCACCGGUGAAGAAGACAACAGCAGUCGACGACUACCGCCUGAUUCCGGCGACGGCUGAAACAAAGUAAACACAAGAGUGGAAGCCACUUAAAACACCUAAUCAUGGCGUCGUCUGAUCCUAACCCAGACCAGAAGCAACUUAGUGGUGGUGGGAAAUUUGUGCCAAACGAGCAUAACGUGCUGCAGAAGCAUGUCAUGUUCUUCGACAGGAACCACGAUGGAAUCAUAUAUCCGUGGGAGACCUUCCAAGGUUUUCGGGCAAUUGGGUGUGGGUUCUUGCUAUCUUCAGCAGCAGCCAUCUUCAUCAACCUUGGCCUCAGCAGCAAGACUCGCCCUGUAUGUACAUUGUGAUCUCUCUGUCUCUAGCUUUUACUUUCGGUGUAAUUGUUUAGAAGAAGAAUCAUUAGGUAAUUAAGUGUGUUUAAUAAAGCUGUGUUUGUCCCUUUCUUUCUGCCACGAAGCGGUACGUGAUGCUUGUAAGCUAUGGACAGAUAGAUAGACAGUGAUGCUUGUAUUGUUCUUAACCCUUUAGAGCUGGUUUCAGUACUGUACUGAAUACUUUAGGCUUCUUUUGGAAAACGAGAGAAUCCCAGCUCAGAAAUGGCCACAUGAUUGUAUGUGAUCAUUACUUUUUUUUAUUGUCAAAUCAAAUCCUUAAAGUGUGACACAUGUAUCUGGGAGAAUUAUUAGAUCUAAUUAUUUUAAUUAGUAGUUGAUGACUGAUGCUGGCUGGAUAUAUGCAGGGGAGAUUUCCCUCUCUGUUGCUCCCUAUUGAGAUAAGGAACAUCCAAAGGAGUAAACAUGGGAGUGACUCUGGUGCCUACGACUCUGAAGGAAGGUUCGUGCCUGCAAAGUUUGAAGAGAUAUUUGCUAAGCAUGCUCGGUCACAUCCGAAUGCCUUGACAUCGGAUGAACUCGGGGAGAUGUUGAAGCAUAACCGAGAACCUAAAGACUAUGCUGGAUGGUUGGCGAGUUAUUCGGAAUGGAAGAUUCUGUUCCUGCUAGCCAAGGACAAAGAUGGGUUGCUGCACAAAGACACAGCUCGAGCUGUUUACGAUGGGAGCCUCUUUGAACAUAUGGAGAGGGAGAGGCAAUCGUCCAAACACAGGACCUAAACAGACCUCUGUUUCAUCAGCUGCGGAUCUCAUCUUUAAAUUCUUUGAUUGGUCAAGUACUGUUGCUACGAAUUUGUGGUGGUACGUUCAUUAAUGAACUGUGUACCAGGCAGCCAUUGUGGUGGUAAAUAACUGGGAAGUGAGUGUGUGGCCGUGGGGAUAUUCCCCAUGGGUGUGUAUCUUAAUUGUUCUGUGUUUAUGUGCAAUUUCUGUCUGUAAAAGUGGUGGUGUGAACUGUUAAUGAAAUCAAUGGUGUGUUCCAAAGGUGAAAGAGUAGUUUUAGAAUUGAAUGCUACUCUAGC